AUGUCCACCCAUCGCGCAGAUGCAAGCACGCUACUCGACAAUCGAGGGUACAAAGGACCUCUAGUCCGCGGCGUCAACCCAGCCACGCUCUUCGAAAAAGCAGUCCGCGAUCGCAUCACAGACUCCUACUACUGGAAGGAACAAUGCUUCGGCUUGAACGCCGCAACGUUAUGCGAUCGGGCCGCCGAACUCACCGCGCUCGGAGGCACCUACGGCGUCGCCGAGAAGCCCACCCCGUUCCUCUGUCUCGCGUUCAAGCUCCUCCAGCUCAACCCCGAGCGUGAAAUCAUCCUCGAAUACCUGAAUUUCACCGACCCCGGCAGCGACGACGAAGACGAACAGACCGCGGAGGAGCAGGCUCAGAACGGGGUGGUCAAGCAGCGGGGCGACUUCAAAUACUUGCGAGCGCUGGCAGCGUUCUACGUGCGGUUGACCUUCGAUGCGGUCGACGUGUACAAGACGCUGGAGCCGCUCCUGCUGGACUAUCGGAAAUUGAGGCGCCGCGUGCGCGACUCCGUCGUGUUGACCUAUAUGGAUCAGUUUGUUGAUGAUCUCCUGACGAAGGAUCGGGUCUGUGGUACGAGUUUGUGGAAGCUGCCUCCGCGGCAACAGCUGGAGGAUCUGGAUCUGCUCGAUGAGCGUGUGAGUCCGUUGGCGGCGGAGCUGGAGGAAAUGGAUGACGAUAACGGAAGUGAGGGAAACAAUGAUGAUGGAGCGAGUGAGGCUCGGUCGUCGAGAAGUGCGGGUGAAGACUGA